AUGGCAAUGGCGAGCAAGAUGAACAGCAUCGGUGCCAAGGGGUACAUGCGAAUGCGACAGGCGCAAGUUGAAGAGUUUUCAUCUCAACAUGCGGAGUUCCACUUGCACCACCAACCGGGAUGCCUUCCACAGAUGAUGGAGGGCUCCAACUUGGUGAAGUCCGAGUCCAUGGACUUGCAGAACGACCCGAGGUUCUUCCAGCUGAACGUGCUGGACAAGCGGCUCUCCGCCGUGCAGCAACUGGCAGUGGUGUCAUCCCUGAUGACCACCGCCAGCUCGCAUGUAAUCAACAUGAAGAAGGAUCUCCAUUUCCAAAAUGUCCAAGGCUGCCUACGAAGCACAAGCUUUUUCAUCCUUUGCUUCGUCUUGUUCCUGAACUUGAUUGCCGUCUAUGUGGGUGUCGCCCAGACCUAUCACACGUACCGGCUCGAAACGGCGGGGCCUACCGGCUUCGAGAUCGCAGCCAGCUAUUACCUGAAUCCCAACAUCGUUGCCUGGAGACAUCUUGCGGUGAAAUGCUUGCUGAACGGGCUGGCAUUGUUCCUUUUCUCUACGGGCAUCCGGGUGGCCGUGAGCUUCGAGGCGGAAGCGCACCAGCAGCCUCAGAUGGCAGAGACCACUGCCCACAUUUUGGGCGUCCUCGUGCUCUUGGUCUUUACCGCUGGAGCCGCGCUGUUGACAUAUAUCCACUGGAAGCAUCAGGCAGUAUUCAGAGCAAACUAUGAAGCUGCCAAGUAUCAGGAACGGCCUUUCUUGGCCACUGUGCAAGACAUGUUUGAUUCGACGCGUGGUUCGCAUCGUGCACCCGAUGUGUUCCACGGCUUUGCUGCAGCACUGCGAGUCGCCGCCCAAGAGCUGCUGUGCAUCGCCCCUGCGAAGCAGCACCAAGAGGCUUACGAGGCGCUGGCCGCCAAGAGAGCUCAAGCGGCGCUUGUCCCACCAGAGGACUUCUUCAAGCAGGGCGACUACGAAGGAAAGUACUCCCGCUUUGACGACAGGGGCGUGCCAACGCAUGCGGAGGAUGGGAGCGAGCUUCCAAAAAGCGCAGUAAAGAAGCUGGUGAAAAUCUACGAGGCGCAGGUCAAAAAGUACAGCAAAGCCACGGCAAGCGAAGGCGAUGGCCAGCCAAGGGAAGCCGCUGGAAAGAAGGACUCUCGGGCGGAGACAGGCGCUGAAGAUCAGGCCCUGGAACUGCCAGAGGGCAGCUGCCUCCCCGACGUUGUGAGCGGCACCUUCGGAGGCCGCCAAGGCGCAGCUGGGGAAGCUCGCGCAUCUGUGCUUGGGUCUGUGCGUGAUGAGGGAGUUUACGGGAUAGGAGGCGUUUUCCAGCGGAUGCCAGAUGCAGAAGGUGCUGUGGCAGUCGCGGAGCAAAAGCCGCUCUAG